UCUUAUUCUUGUUUUUAUUUAUAGAAACAAUAAAAUAGUUAUAAAAUUAAUCAAUCAUGUGUAUAGUAGUGUUUAUUUGGGAAGCAGAUAGUAGAUAUUCAUUAGUGUUAUUAUUGAAUAGAGAUGAAUAUCAUAAUAGGCCAACAAAGGAAGUUCAUUGGUGGGAAGAUGGAGAAAUUGUUGGUGGCAAAGAUGAAGUUGGUGGUGGCACUUGGUUGGCUUCUUCAACUAAUGGUAAAUUGGCUUUUCUUACUAAUGUUUUGGAAAUUCAUACACUUCCUCAUGCCAAAACUAGAGGUGAUCUACCCGUUCGAUUUUUACAGAGCAACAAAAGCCCAAUGGAGUUUGCAAAAGGGCUGGUGAAUGAAGGGAAUGAAUACAAUGGGUUUAAUUUAAUUUUGGCAGAUAUUGAAAGUAAAAAAAUGGUAUAUGUAACAAAUAGGCCCAAAGGAGAGCCCAUAACAAUACAAGAAGUCCAACCAGGUAUUCAUGUGCUGUCCAAUGCAAAACUGGACUCUCCUUGGCCCAAGGCUCAAAGACUGAAGUUAAAUUUUAAGAAAAUGAUGGAUGUUUACGAAGUGAAUGACGAGAAAAUCUGCGUCAAAGAUAUGAUAGAAAAAUUGAUGAGAGAUACCACUAAAGCUGAUAAAAGUAAAUUGCCUUGUAUUUGUUCUACGGAUUGGGAGUUGGAACUUAGCUCUAUUUUCGUCGAAGUUGACACUCCACUGGGGUGUUAUGGUACUAGAAGUACAACAGCAUUGACGAUUGAAGUGGGAGGAAAAGUAAGCUUUUAUGAGUUGUACCUUGAGAACAACAUGUGGAAAGAGCAAAUUGUCAACUAUCGGAUUGAAAAACUCCAAAUGCAAUAAAUGUUUUUCAUAUGUUGACAUAUCUAAUGUUUUCAUUUUUUUUUUAAUUCAAAUAAGAUUUUUUCUUCAAAAAAUUAAACUUUUUGUCUUUGAAUGGAAAUUGUUAUUCAUUGUAUUUGUAAAAUGUACUACACUACUUGGAAGACAUAAUGUAUGUUUCGGGCUCCUUUGUUUUAGCAACAA